AUGAUCGAGUCACAUUUGACGGAAGAUGUAGACCAAACAAUAGCCGAGUCACAGCCACACACGUGCUCCAAGCAUGACAGGGGGUGGAGGAAAGUUGUGCGCCAUUUCACCCAAGCUUGGUUCUCGGUCAACAUGGGCACGGGAAUUGUCGCAAUCCUUCUCAAUAACUUGCCGUAUAAUGGGGAGUGGCUUUAUUGGCUCUCAGUGGUCGUCUUUGCAUGGAACGUGUUUCUCUUCUGCACAUUUUUGUGCAUAUCGAUUCUUCGUUACUCUCUCUACCCGGAAAUAUGGUCCGCUAUGAUACGUCACCCCUCAGCAUCAAUGUUUCUUGGGACCUUCCCCAUCGGGCUGGCAACAAUUAUUGAGAUGGUAGCCCUGGUUUGCGUCCCAGCGUGGGGACCUCGGGCUGCGAAUUUGGCAUGGGCCCUCUGGUGGAUCGACUGCAUCAUUGCUCUGGCCAUCUGCUACUACAUUCCCUUUGUUAUCAUGUGCGUUCACGACUCAAACAUAUCGACUGUGACAGCUGUGUGGCUGCUUCCUAUCGCAUCCUCAGUCGUUGCGUCAGCGCGCCUCAUGCUACAUAAUUUGCCGCCGCGCGAAGCGAUCAUGUCGGUUUUCCUCCCGAUUGCGCCGCUGGGCCUGGGUUCCUUCGCUAUUAUGCAGUUUGGCAGGGUUGCACUUAAGAUAUUUCCAGAGACGGGUACACUAAGUUCACCAUCAACAAAUGCCGGUGCCGUGCUAUAUAUCUUUGGAUGGCUAAUAGGACUUGUGAUGUGGGCAUAUGGAAUUGUCUGGAUAUUCUUUGCUCUAGCCAGCAUCAGUCGCAAUCGUUUUCCUUUCAACCUGACCUGGUGGGGCUUUACAUUUCCCCUGGGCGUUUUUGCCAGUGCUACAACGACCAUUGGAAAAGAAUUGCCGUCGCGGUUCUUUAAUGUGCUAGGUACUGGAGCGACAAAUUUGAAUACGGAAGUGCUAACGUAA